GGGCCUUUUCGUGUUGGGCCUCGCCUCCUCUCCUAUAUGACGUGUCCACCUCUUUGGAUUCGUAUCGUCGUCUCCUGCGCCGGCGAUGUCGUCGUCGUCCCACGCCGCCGCCGGAGACGGCUCCGGCGAGCCUCCGUCGACGUCCGGGCCCGGGAAGGAGAGGGAGGGUGGCGGCGAUGAGGCUGGGCGUGAGGAGGAGGGGUUCGAUCUGGCCGGCGCCUCGGCGGGGUGGGUGGAGGCGCGGACCAGCUGCCCGCACCUCCCCACCAUGCCCGCCGACGACCUCGCGCGCGUGCCGCCGCCGGACUCGCCGUGCUCCAGAUGUCAUCAUCCUGCUGAAAACUGGUUAUGCUUGAUCUGUAAGGAUGUUCUGUGCAGCCGUUUUAUCAACAAACAUAUGCUGUACCAUUAUCAAGAUACAGGACAUUGUCUUGCUCUGAGCUUCAGUGAUCUGUCAGUCUGGUGUUUCGCCUGCGACUCCUACCUCGAUGUUCAAUCCAUCUUAGAACUGCGUCCAGUUUAUGAAGUUGUACAUCUGUUGAAAUUUGGACAACGGCCUCCAUUUCGAUCACUUGAUGUACUGGAUUUGAGCAGUGGACAGAAUGGAAGUACAUCAUCACUGUCCUAAUGCUCUAUAUUAUGUUAGUUUCUUUUCAUGAUUGAAGGUAGUUAAACUUGUUAAGGACAAGCAGUAUCUUACUAUGUAAGGUGGCACUUGUUAAACUUCAGUAUGAUAUUUCAGAUGAAUGAUCCUAUUCUUCUC